AUGAACACCACGGUAGCAGAAGGUGAGGUCCCAAUUAGUCUAUUUGGAUUUCUCUGCCAUCGCAUGAAGGAGAUUGGAAUACAAUCAGUACAUGGCGUACCAGGUGAUUUCAGCCUCGUGGCUCUGGAUUGUAUUGAGAAAUGUGGACUCCAAUGGAUUGGGAACUGCAAUGAAUUAAAUGCGGGAUAUGCAGCUGAUGGCUAUGCGCGGGUCAAUGGUAUCUCGGCUUUGAUGACUAUCAUGGGUGUUGGAGAGCUCUCUAGUUUGAACGCGAUUGCGGGGUCUUUCGCCGAACUUAUACCGGUUGUCCACAUCGUCAAUAUGCCUAGUCGUCGUGCGCAGUUGGAGAAGCUUUGCGUGCAUCAUACAUUCGGAGAUGGUGAUUUUGAUGUUUUCAAAAGAAUGACCGCUGCUACAUCUUGCAUGACUGUGACGCUAGAUUGUCCCAAGAAAGCCGCAGCUCUGAUCAAUGCGGCCCUUCAGCAAUGCGCAAUUCAAAGCCGACCGGUCUCAAUCUUCGUUCCAUCUGACCUCAUCAAUGUCUCAAUCGAUACAUGCAGUCCGAGAAAGCAAAUUGACUCCAUUGAAACGGUAAAUGAUACAAUCGUGGAGGGCGGCGUUGCGGAUUCUGGGGGCUAUGGCGUGGCCCAUGAUAUUCGCGAUGAAAUUCUCGAUCUGAUCAACAAGCUUUGCAUACCAGUAUUGAGCUCGGCUUCUUGCAGAGGAUUUAUUGAGAAAGAUCAUUAUCUUUAUGCGGGCCUAUAUGUUGGAUCCUGUUCUGACAAGCCAGUCGUUGAAUUGAUGAAUUCUGCGGACUUGGUUCUCAGUAUCGGAAAUAUCCAGUCAGACCUUUGCACGGCUGGCUUCACUGGGACCGUGGAUCAGAAAAUCCUCAUUGAUAUGCAAAGGUGUUAUACUGUUAUCACACAUCAUCCGAAAGUUACUGUGUCCCUGAAAGGGGUCACUCAAAUGAUGACUGCGAGAGUGUGUUGGAAUCCACUCCCGGCAGCACGUAUUAUGAAAGCUACUAGUACAUAUGUCGCCAAAGACAAUGUUCCUUGCAAUCAGUCACAACGGUCUACUAAGAGAGUAUCUAUGCGGAUACGGUUGAAACAGUGCCUGGAGGGUAUUUUGAAAUACAUUUUAUCACCAGCUCAAAACGACAGUCCACUUCUCCAUGAGAACCUUUGGCCCCGCGUUGGAGGUUGGUUGCAAAGAGGAGAUAUAAUCCUUACCGAGGCUGGGACAGCAAGUUUUGGUAUAUGGAAUACUACCAUUCCGAGCGAAACCACGUUCAUCAGUCAGUAUUUGUGGGCCAGUAUAGGAUACACUGUUGGGGCAUGUCAAGGAGCCGCUCUCGCGGUGCGAGAUUCACAAAAUCCAAAGCGACGAACAAUCCUUUUCAUUGGAGAUGGAAGCCUACAGAUCGGAUGCCAGGAGCUCAGUACGAUUGUUCGACUGGGUCUUGCUCCCAUUAUUUUUAUUAUUUGCAACCGGGGAUACACCAUCGAGAGGUUUGUUCAUGCGCCAAGUCAGGCUUACCACGAUGUCCAGCCGUGGAGAUAUCGUGAUCUCCCGGCAGCUUUCGGGGCAACACCUGGUUCUUAUGGCUCUCAUAGUGUUCGAACGAUGAGGCAGUUAGAGGCUUUGAUGUCGCGGCACAGCUUCAGAGACCCUUCCAUUCUUCAGGUUGUGGAGCUUCAUAUGUCACCGCUUGAUGCGCCAUCCGAUCUCGUCACUGUUGCCCAAAGUCUGAAACGGCGCAAUCAAUAA